ACGAUUGUAGUGUUGAGGAAAAUAAUAAAAACUAUUUAAAUUAACUAUUAAAGUAACUAGUAAUAAUUGAAAUCGCUAUUACAAUAAUAUAUUACAGAAUUUUCUGAUCAAUUCUAUUGUUAUCGGUAAUAUUUUCACAAUGGAUCAAGACAGUCAGGAUAACAACAAACCUACGAUUAAGCGUUACAGGAGAGAGGAAGAGGAAGACAGUCCUUUAGACACGGACGAUGAUUAUGUGCCGUACGUAUCCGUUAAGCAUCGUAAGAAGCAGAUACUCACGAAAUUAGGUAAACUUGGACAACUGAAAGAAGAAAGUACCAACGGCGUCGGAAAGAGCAGUAGUGAGAACGAAAGAGAUGAUGCUGACAAUGACGAUGGACAGGUCUGGGGAAGAAAGUCCAACAUCUCUCUCUUGGAUCAACACACAGAGCUGAAAAAGUUGGCUGAAGCCAAGAAGGAGAGCGCUAUGGAGAAGCAGUUGAAAGAAGAAGAGAAGAUCUUGGAGAGCGUUGCUGAGAAUAAAGCUCUAAUGGGCGUGGCUGAACUAGCCAAAGGCAUUCAAUACAAAGAUCCUAUUAAGACCAACUGGCAACCACCGAGAGUGAUUCUCAAUCUUGGAGAGGCGCGUCACGAGAAAGUGCGAAGGAAGCUUAGAAUACUCGUAGAAGGUGACGAGGUGCCACCGCCUCUGAAUACGUUCAAAGAAAUGAAGUUCCACAAAGGGAUUUUGUACGGAUUGGAGCAAAAGGGCAUCGUCAAGCCAACGCCGAUUCAAGUGCAAGGAAUACCUACGGUAUUGUCUGGUCGUGAUAUGAUCGGCAUAGCUUCUACUGGCAGCGGUAAAACUUUAGUAUUCGUUUUACCCAUCAUCGAGUUUUGUUUGGAACAAGAAAUUGACAUGCCGUUCAUUAAAAAGGAGGGGCCAUAUGGAUUGAUAAUAUGCCCUUCGAGAGAAUUGGCUAAACAAACCUACGACAUAAUUCGACACUAUACCAAUAGCUUGAGACAAGUGGACUGUCCAGAAAUACGUUGUUGCUUGGCGAUUGGAGGCGUACCAGUUUCAGAGUCGUUAGCAGUGAUUAACAAAGGUGUACACAUAAUGGUAGCAACACCGGGUCGCCUGAUGGACAUGCUACACAAGAAAAUGGUCACCUUAAGCGUAUGCCGUUAUCUCUGUAUGGACGAGGCGGAUCGCAUGAUAGACAUGGGAUUUGAGGAGGACGUGCGAACAAUAUUUUCAUUUUUCAGAGGUCAGAGGCAAACGCUGUUGUUUUCAGCUACUAUGCCGAAAAGGAUACAGAAUUUUGCGCGUUCAGCGUUGGUGAAACCAGUAACAAUAAAUGUUGGCCGUGCUGGUGCCGCCUCGAUGAACGUGAUACAGGAAGUAGAAUAUGUUAAGCAGGAAGCUAAAAUCGUUUAUCUCCUGGACUGCCUGCAAAAGACGCCACCACCGGUUUUGAUAUUCGCGGAGAAGAAACGCGAUGUGGAUGCCAUUCACGAAUAUCUGCUGAUAAAAGGCGUGGAAGCGGUCGCGAUACAUGGAGGAAUAGAUCAGGAGGAAAGAUCACGUUCAGUGGAAGCGUUUCGUGCGGGUCGAAAGGACGUGCUUGUUGCAACGGAUGUUGCAUCAAAAGGUCUCGAUUUUGCCGAUGUGCAACACGUUAUUAAUUACGAUAUGCCCGAUGAUGUGGAAAAUUAUGUUCACAGAAUAGGACGAACUGGGCGUUCCGGGCGUACUGGAAUAGCGACAACCUUCAUCAACAAGGCAAAUGAUGAAUCAGUACUGCUCGAUCUUAAGCAUCUGCUGAUGGAGGCGAAGCAAAAGGUACCACCAUUCCUGCUGGAACUUUGUUCGGAGAAUGAAAAAUAUCUCAAUCUGGGAGAUGAACGUGGUUGCAGUUACUGUGGUGGUCUUGGUCACAGAAUUACUGACUGUCCGAAACUAGAAGCUGUACAGAACAAACAAGCAUCCAAUAUUGGACGUCGUGAUUAUUUGGCUAGCAAUGCUGCCGAUUAUUAAACGAUAUAUCUUCAAUAAAAUCAUUGUAUAUAACUGUAAAAAUGUAUAUAUAAAAAUCUGUACAAUAA